CAAGAGACAUGGCCCAUAGCGCCAUAGCCCAUAUAACAUCCACCCACCACCUUCUCACCUACCCACAUCGCCACUCUCGAAGUACCUGACACAGCCAACACCAUAGAUAGACACACUACCUCGCACGAUGACACAAUCACACAUCCUCGGGAUCGCGACCCAAUUCCCAGAACUACAGAACACGGUCGAGGGUACCGAGGCGUUCUUCAAGAAAUGGGCCAAACCCAGCGAAGGCCUGGAAAAGACCCUGAAGAUCAACCGUUCGACCCGUAUUCUCACCCGUCCCUCCGUAUCCGCCCUGACUUCUCCCUUGCUCAACGGUCCUCAAGCACCGACGAUCAAAGAGGUCAACAAGGUGUUCAUGCAGGAAGGUGUCAAGCUGGCGGUACAGGCGGCGGAGAAGGCUCUGGCGGAUUGGGGUGGGAAGAGGGAGGAUAUCACGCAUCUGGUGUGCAACACCUGUACCGCCAGUGCUUACCCGGGAUUUGAUCAUGCGGUUCUCAUGGCCCUGGGGCUGGGGUUGGACGUGGAUAGGACCUUGUUACAUGGAGUCGGUUGUGCAGGCGGCUUGUCUGCACUGCGGCUUGCCAACUCGUUCGCUCAGAUCCCUUCCAGCAAACCCGCUCGAAUCCUCGUCAUCGCCACUGAAGUCACGUCCACCCUCGUACGAAGCGAGCUGGAGGAGCUAGACAGGUCGACCGGCAAGAUGGGGAGCGUCGGGGUUUGCCUGUUUAGUGAUGGGGCCAGCGCGAUGGUCGUCGGUGGAGGAGAGGUGCAAGAGGGUGAAAAGGCCAGCUUUGAGGUGAUCAAGACGCUAACGGAGACUUUGCCGGAUACCGUUCCGGAUCUCGGAUUCAAUGUGGACGAAAACGGUUGGAAGGCCAUCAUCUCGCCCCGCGUACCCUCGCUGACGUCGAAAGCGGUGCCGAACAUGUACAAGAAACUUCUCGUCGCUGCCGCUGGAUCCUCGGACCUGACCCCUUCGCUCCCCUUUCUCUCCUCGGAAGAACCUACUUCGACCCCACCAUCCUCGCUCGACUGGCUCAUCCACCCAGGAGGCGCCUCGAUCCUAGCCAAGAUCGAACAUUCCUUGGAAUUGCGAUCGUCUGAUCAUACUCGGGCCAGUUGGGAGGUCUACGUGAAGCGAGGAAACACGAGCAGUGUCAGUAUUGGGGCGGUGAUCGAGCGCUCGAGGGCUCUGGGCGGGAGGGAAGGAUGCGUCGGAGUCAGCUUUGGACCAGGAGUGACGGUCGAGGGGUGUCUGCUGCGGCGAACCGGAUGGAAGGGACGACGAGCCGAGCUGAAUGGCGGAAUGAAGGUCGAGGUGGACAAGGAACCGGUCUCUCCUCCUCCCGCCGUUGGAACCAAGAGGAAGAGGGGAGACGCGGGCGAGGAUAGCGAUGACGACGAAAGGGAAACCACGAUGGAGGUGGGAGGGAAGAAGCGCUCGAUCGCGGCGACCAAUGGCCAUGCCAAGGAUCUCGUCACUGUUAAUGGCAAGUCGAAUGGCGUCUCGCAUACCUCGGCCGAGGCUGCCAAGAUUGCCCACGUCGAUGGAGCCACCAACGGCAACGGACAUGUCACGACCAAUGGCACCGACAACGGCGAGGACAAGAAUGCGCCUGGAAAACACGAAGGCGGGGUCAUCAACGGACAAGUGAAUGGGAUCAUCAGCGCGCCCGAGGGAUUUAGUCGAGAUCUCAAUGUUGGGGAAACGCAAGAGAAGAUGACGACCGUGCCGUGAGAAUACGCACGAGGUCAUUAGUCUGGAUUGUGCGAAUGGGUUACGGAAAUGGGCAGGGGAACGAAGUACAAGAAGAUCGUUCGGGCUAUAUUUUAUCGGGUUUAGAGGGCAUACGUCUUACGUGUAUUAUCCUUUACGAAUGUCAAAAUGCAGAUUAAGACUGUGA